UGCUUCAGACAACAAGAUACGAGUAAAAUGAAGACUCUUGCACUUUUUGCCAUCCUUUUGGCAGUCGCAGCUGCGGUACCGGUUCUAACUAGGGGAAGAGUCAAACCUCCUAAAUACAUUAAUCGUCCACGUCCACCAAGUUCAUCCGGCCACCGUUUCGGUCGUGCUGCUGAAUAUGAUGUCUCAGAGACUGAAUCCGAUGACGCUGAGAUAGAAGCCCGAAAGAUUCACGGACACAUUCACAUUGGUGUAGGAAAGAAGGGUCACAUUCAUACCAGCGGAAAGAUCCAAUGGGAUGAAAGUGAAGACGAACUAGAACCCCGUGAUGUUCACGGAAGCGUCAGUGUGGAUGCCGGCGCCUCAAAAGGUAAAGGAAGCAAGGCUGAAGGGCAUGUUGGUGUCAACGGAAAGAUCGAGUGGGAUGAGCCAGAAGCCCGCGAUGUACACGGAAGCGUCGGUGUAGAAGCCGGGGCCUCAAAAGGUAAAGGAAGCAAGGCCGAAGGACAUGUUGGUGUCAACGGAAAGAUUGAGUGGGAUGAGGAUGAACUAGAGCUUAACGGAGUCAAAUGCAUUGAAUCCCGCAAAGUUCACGGAAUCAUCUGUGUAGAAGGAAACAAGACUGAAGGCAUUGUUGGUGUCAAGGGACAGAUCGAGUGGGAUGAAGAUGCGCCAGAACCCCGCGAUGUCCACGGAAGCGUCGGCGUAGAAGCUGGAGCCUCAAAAGGUAAAGGAAGCAAAGCUGAAGGGCAUGUUGGUGUCAAUGGAAAGAUCGAGUGGGAUGAGGAUGAGCCAGAAGCCCGCGAUGUCCACGGAAGCGUCGGCGUAGAAGCUGGAGCCUCAAAAGGUAAAGGAAGCAAGGCUGAGGGGCAUGUUGGUGUCAACGGAAAGAUCGAGUGGGAUGAGGAUAAGCCAGAAGCCCGCGAUGUCCACGGAAGCGUCGGCGUAGAAGCUGGAGUCUCGAAAGGUAAAGGCAGCAAGGCUGAGGGGCAUGUUGGUGUCAACGGAAAGAUCGAGUGGGAUGAGGAUGAGCCAGAAGCCCGUGAUGUCCACGGAAGCGUCGGCGUAGAAGCUGGAGCCUCAAAAGGUGAAGGAAGCAGGACUGAGGGGCAUGUUGGUGUCAACGGAAAGAUCGAGUGGGAUCAAGAAGAGUGAAUAUAUCGAUCCAUGGUGGAACCACCAGAAGCUGCAGAUCACGUUGACGAAUCGCUAGGCCAUGAAAUAAUUAUACUCAAACAUGCAUCAUCAUUCAUAACAGGUUGAUCCUGCUUAUAUUCAAUAGAAUGCAUCCUAAUUUAUGU